AUGGGUUGUAGACAUUCAUCGUCACCACCAGAAUCACCAGUAAAAUUAGUACAAAAUGGAGGUCCAAUUAUUUUAAAAAGUAAAAUAUCAAUUCAUCGUGCACAAGUUAUUGAUCAACGAAUAUCAAAUGGUACGAAAUCAUCUCGAUUAUCAAUAUCAUCGAAAAAAAUAUCUCGUCUAGUAUUGCCAUCGAUAUCAGUAUCUCUCGAACAAAUACUCGAUGGUCAUGGUAAACAUUUAAUAAAACGAUUUGAACUUGAUACAGCUUGUCUUCUACUUGAUGCUUCACGAGCACAUACUCUUUUGCUCGAUGGUAGACAACUUCGUCUAAUUCAUAUGGAAACAAUGAGUAUGGAAACAAAUAUCCUACCAGUUGAUUGUAGAGAUAUUCAAGAAAUAGCUUGGUCAUCGAAGCUUGGCAAAUUUCUUCUUCUUACAACGGAUCAACUGUAUCAAACUGGUUGUAAAAAAUUACAACCGGUUCCUAUUCAUGAAAUUCAGUUUAUUGCUGAAGGUCCUCGAAAAUCAUACAUGGCAGUCGAUGGCGAUGAUUUACUUGUAAAUCGUUCAUUUGGAUAUGAUAUACGUCGUUAUUCUCUUUCAAAUUUUUCUCUUGUUCAAUCACCUCGUGCGUAUUUAGAAAAUGAAAAUAUUUGUGUAACAACCAUUCGAUUAAAUUCAAAUAAAAUCUUAGCUCUUUCUGUUUCUAUUGGUGAACAACAAAUGAUUGAUUUAGUCAAUUUAAAUAAUGAUCGACUUCUUCAUCGAAUUAAUUGCAAUACUGGUGAAAAUAUUUUAUAUCCCAUCGAUUUACAUAAUAACGGGCAAUGGUUUGCUAAAAUAUGUAUGCCUUGCGUUAACAUUGGCCAUUGUUUAGUAUCACCUGAUGGGCAAAUUACAAGACUGAAACUUUUUCCAAAUCAAGAUAAUUUUAUACGCUGUCUUUGUACAAGUCCUGAUAAUCGAUGGUUAAUUACUGGUCGACAACACGCACUUGAAUUAUAUCAACUUUGCACAUCCUAG